GCCAGGGGGGGGAGGAGGAGGAGGAGCGGCGGCGGCGGCGGGGCUCCUGAUCGGCUCCGCAGCCGGCGGCGUGGGAUCCGUGAGCGCCGGAGUUGUUGGUGGUGGUGGUGGAGGGCCAAGCGGAAUGCUUCACGCGGGACGAGGAGCCGAACUUGGACGUUCAGGGUCUGCGUUCAGUCCCUACCCCGGGCUAAGAGCCUCCCUCUACGCGGGCCCCUUCCAGUACGCGGCCGCCGAUGGCCCCCCCUAUGCGGCGUACAUGAGUUCCCCCUACGAUGCGCACCCCCUCACCUACCACCCCUACGGCGGCGCGAGCCACCCGACCCUGGGUCCAGUCGGAUACCCAUACGGGGCCGGAGGAUGCGGCGUGGCGGACCCGGCGUUCCGCAAGAACGCCACUCGCGACGCCACGGCCACGCUCAAGGCCUGGCUCAACGAACACCGCAAGAACCCCUACCCCACCAAGGGGGAGAAGAUCAUGCUGGCCAUCAUCACGCGCAUGACGCUCACCCAGGUCUCAACGUGGUUCGCGAACGCCCGCCGGCGGCUCAAGAAGGAGAACAAGAUGACGUGGGUGACCAAGGCGCGGAGCGACGAUGAGCUGGAGGACGACGACAAUGACGGCAGCGGUGGCAAGGAGCUGGGCGACUCCUCGGAGAGGAGCGAUCGCGACGGAGACCUCAUCCUCAACGUGUCGGAGCCAGCAUCGGAGUCUCAAGAUGACAGGGUCCACGUCAUCGCCGUCCCGGGAGACGGCGGCGGCGGCGGCGGCGCCUCAAAGUGCGACGCGGCGUCGGCGCACCGCGCCGGCCCGGGCUGCGACAUGUCGGACGGGGAUGACGAGCGGCUCUUCCCGACCUCCGCGACCGGCGGCAUCGGUGGCGCCUCCGUCGUCCUCGUGACUCCCCCGCCCGGCUCGCAGCAGCAGCCCGCCAGCGCGCCUGACCGGCCCUCGCUGGUGCAGCACACGUCGGCCGCCAUGAACGCGUCGCCGUCGAUACUCACCACGUCGCCCGUCGCCGGCACGGAGGCGCCGCGGCUGGGCCGGGGAUCGCCGGUGCUGGAGAACUCGAGCACGGGGCAGGCGCCGGCAAACGGGACCUUCAUCGCGUCGCAGUCGCCCGGCGCCUCCAGGAUCAACGCGGGCGGUGCCGGCGGCGGUGCCGGCGGCGGCGGCGGCGGCGACCGCGUGGGCGCGGUCGCCGCCGCCGCCGCCGCCGCCGGCGGCGGCAACGCCAGCAACGGAAACACCGGCGGAGGCAACGGCGCGACGCCCACCAAACCCAAGCUGUGGUCGUUGGCUGAGAUUGCGGGCGCAUCGGACGAGAGGAACUGUUCGGACGCUCAGAGCCACGGCCACCACGGCCACCACCAGCACCAGCACCACAACCACCACCACCACCACCACCAUCACCAACAGCAGCAGGCGGCGAUGCAGGCCGCGGGCAUUCCCUGCAUGCUGAGCGCGGCGGCUGCGGCGGCCGCGGCGGCGGCCGCGGCGGCAUCGCCCUCCUCCACCUCCUCCACGCAGGCGCACACGUACUACACGUGCGCGUCGCCCGCGUACUUCUCGCGCUACGGCGUGGCGGGCUACGCCGCCAACUUUGGCGCGUUGCCGGGGGCAGGCGGCGGUGGCGUCGUCGGUGGCGGAGGAGGCGGCGCCGGUAGCGGUGGUGGCGGUGGUCUGCGAGGUUUGCCCGCGCCGCCGGGGAACGGACUGGUCUACCAGACGGUGUUCAAGUCCGGCCAUCGCGUGCCACCGCCUGCGUACCUCUUCGCGGGGUACGGCGGCGGCGGAGUUGGCACUGGCGGCGUCGGCGCUGGCGGCGGUGCAGCGGAGGUGAGGAUUUUGGAGACGCAGGAGACGCACGAUGGCAAGGAGAUGAUCGCGCUCGACUGCAAGCGAGCCUUCGACGAUGACGACGAUGCAUGCAGUGUAUGAAGCCCACGCCUGGGUCAAGUCAGCAGCUGGGUGUCUCACACGCUCUCAAGAUGGCUUUGGACGUCGUCGGGCGGAGGAUGGCGGAAGAUGAGUAGAUCGCGAGACUCCGCAACGUGUGUGAAUAUAAAACUCCCAGCCAGUGCAAGGCGGGGGGGGGGCGGGGGGGGGGGGGGGCGGGGGGGCUCGCAUUCCCUCCCUCCCUUUCCUGUCCUCCCCCCCCCCCGUCUCCCAUCGUCAAUACACUCCGACCGCUUCGCGACAGCUUCAUUCUCGACGACGACAGCAGCAGCAGUCCACGAGCCGCUUCUUGACGUCAGCCACCGCCCAGUCUCUGAAACCGCCGUCCACCUUCUCCGCUCGCUGCCCGGUGGCACGGUGCACGACGGAGAACGCGCACGAGGCACGCGCCCCUGCUUCACAUCGGUCAUUCUCAAGGUGCCGGCCGCGAAAAACUCCGUGAGCCACUCCGGCAUUGAGCUUCCUUAAAGGGUGAUGACGAUAUCGAAAAUGAACAUGAAGAGGCAGGCAUGCCCCCUUCCCUCCCUCCCCACCCCCACCCACCCCCAUUGCACACAUGCCUCACCACAUUUUAAUACGAUUAUCAUUCAUUACAGCAGUCAAUCCUCUUCUGCAUAUGCGCAUCCGGCAUUUCGCUUUUCGCGACAUAUUUAACGAAGGCAACUUAAAGUUCUAUUUAAUUCGGCAGAGCAGCCGCGGGCGACCCGGGCGAGGUGAGCGCCGCCAGCCCGUCGCGGGACUCUGGAGACGUCGCGAGAGCGGCAGGCACGGGGUUUUUGGCGUCGCGGAGAGAGCCUCGCCGCUCGCACAACGGCUCCUUCGGGCACGCGUGCCAGAAGGAGCCGUUGGGUGAGCGGCGUGCCCGACGCGACGACGGUGCCGAUGCCGAUGGCGCCGGUGCCGGCGACGAUGGCGGUGGCGACUUCGAUGUCAGAGGCGUUUGAGCGCGUUUGAGCGCGCGCGGAGUUUCGCAGGAGCUCCUUCGCUCGACUUAACGCAAACAUGUUUACCCUGUUACUUUAUACAUAUAUAUGAAUAUAUAAAUGUAUAUACAGUAAUCGUUUUCGACGAUUUUCUUGCAACUGCACGAGUCAUUUUGUUUUUCCCUUCACGGCGUUUGCUAUUAAAGGCCCCCCCCGUUUUUCAAGUUGUGUUUGGUGUGCGUUAGAUGCUGCGGGAAGUAUAGCACUUUAAUGACUUAGUGUGGACCGGGUGGCGCUGCGGUGAAGAGCACUUUGCUUGGCUCGCAAUGGGGAGGCCGCAAGUUCGGUUCCCAGUUGCGUGCCGGCUCGGCCCAUCAUCCCUCCGCGGUAGAUUAAAGCUGGUAUCAAUUUGUGGGGAGUCAACAGCGGUCAUCCGUAAUGGGUGUGAGACUGGCCCCUAGCCAUGGAAAUGUAGGAUUUCCACCACUGGCUUGGGGCUACCAAUGGAAGGUAUCCACCGUCUAAUCGCUUACACGAACAGGGGGACUGACUUUGACUUUGGAAGAAGUGUUUGCCUGUUUUUCACGCUGCAGAUUGUGUGUUGACUAACGGAUAGAGUGGAUGAAUGGUGAACGCAGAGGGAAACGCAUCGUGUGAAAUACAGUCAGUCAGAAGUUUCUCAUAUCGGUGUUUGUUUUGAGGCCGAUGGCCACAGUUCAGCUCUGAAGGUGAGAACUUGCGGGCAAGAGGUAGUGGUGGAAAACACAACGACAAGUCCAGCUGUAGUGCAGUUUAUUUCCUCGUUAUCAAAACUAAUAAUGCCUCCCUCCAGCAUUUAUUUAUUUACGUCUUAUCAUUACCAGACGAAGUCGCGUUUUCUACAAAUGCAACCCUGAAAUAUAAAAAAACGACAAAAAAUACUGAACGCUUAUAUUUUCUCAGAACCUGUGCGAAUAUGAAAAUGCAUGCAAUGACGUGGGAUUGUCUCGAGUCAAUUGUAAAUACACAGUAUGUGUGUGUGUGUGUGUUUUUUUGUUUGUGCGCUUUGAACAUAUAUGCCGACUUGUUGAUUUUGACAUUUUGCUUUUGAUGCAAAGUGGGAACCCCCUUUUGCAAAUUGUAUAUUUCUGCCGACGUGUACAUACAUACGUGAUAAAUAAAAAAAACACACUUAUCAAACCUCAGGUUCAGCGCUAUGUAUUUCGGAUUAAGAAUGUGUUUAAAUGCUUGCAAACGUGACGGCAGAUCGACUGCAUACACUAUAUCUCCGUACAGCUGCAGCAACAAAAACGUGGAAACACACGCGAGUGAGGAAACGGUACAUGUACUACACAACAAAGUUAACUGAAAUCUGUUUUCUUUUUCAUUCGUGGGAAAAGUAUUUUAGAAUUUAAACGCGCGUCUGUUGGACUUUGUGAAAAGGCGUGGACAACAUAAAGCUUGAUGCUGAUUUGCAGAAUUUCCAAAUAUCUCAAGCGAAUGUACAUAAUUGUAACAUAUUUGGAAUACAGAGUUUUAGCUCCGAACUACUGUCAUGUGUAUAAACGUGUGCUGAAGAAAACAAUUGUAAAGUUUCAAUAAGAUUGUGUGCGUGUGUGUUCUAUUCACUAAAAGUCGUUUGCUGUGUAAAUAUAAUUAUAUAAGCAUUGGUAAACUUAAGAUUUUAAACUCCUAAGCGCAUUGUUUAACUCUUUGUAUGACACGUUGUAUCGAGGUUUUUGUAACGGCAUGAACAUUAUUACUCUUGACAAAUAUAUGAUGCUUUUUUUUUAA